AUGUCCCACACCUUUGCUAUCCACCGAGUCCUGGCUUACACUUGGCUGACUUUGUUAUGUAGUGGACCGUCGCCUGUCAUACUUCUCGGGCUUACUGGUUACAGAGUUCAUGUAACCGAGGGCUACGAAGAUAACUUUUAUGAACCCAUCAUCGUUGAAUUACUGGUCUCUGCCUGCCUCGCAAUCAUAUGGGCUCCCAUCGCUGGAUGUCUCGUUCUCCGAAAUCACAACGCCUCAAAGUGCAGCCCACAGUUUCUCUCAGAGAUGGUCGGAAACUUCGUCUUAUGGGUCAUGUGGCUAGUAGGUGCCGUCGAUACCACUAACCGUAUCAUUCCGGGCAAGAACUGGUGUGGUCCGGGCAAGCAAUGCAGAAUCUUGACCGCAAUUCUAGCAUUCUCCUGGAUUGGCUGGUCCUUCUUGACCAUCAUCGGUGCCAUGAGCUUGAUGUACUGCGUGUACCAAUCUGCACAACCUGCGCCUAUCAAGGAAAAACCUUCCAACGCAUAAAUAGUUAAUUCGAAAACGACGAUUUGUGACGAAA